UUCCCAAAAUACCCUUGAUUCACUAGUUUAAAUACCCACCAACCAUACGCUAUUCCCACUUCCUAAGAACCCAACAUCAAUCUCUCUUCCUCCAACUCUUCUUUCUCUUGUAAGUCCUAACCAUUUGUUCUCUUCAGAUCUUAAAGUCAUUCUACUAUUUAUCUAGUAUCUACAUUAAUAUUUCAUACACAAUCUCACUCAUCGUCGAUUAGAAGAACCUACCAAUCCCAUGGAAGAGCAAAAGAUCACCGACUCUUUUCCUCAGACUCCGCUCACUGAUAGGGAGCCCACCAAUGCAACGGACACUUUAAUGGAAUCCUCAACCAUGACCUUAGAUUCCAAUGUAGUGAAUGGAGUGAAGUUGGAGUCUGCUGAUGGAAUUGGAGUGAAGUUGGAGUUUGACGGUGAUGAAAGUGGAGUAAAGUUGGAAUCCGAUGGAGAUGAACAUGGAGUGAAGUUGGAGUAUGAAGAAAAUGGAUCGGGGGCCGCCAAAGAAGGACUAAAGGAAACAGGUAGGUUUCCUGUGUACCCCGCUCGGGUAGAGUAUCAUAUACUGAUUGUUGCGCCUGGUCAGAACAUUCUUCGUGAAUUACUUUUAUUAUCUCAAUCAACUAAUGCAACAAUGAAUGUUCUUUCUGCUGUCGGUGUGGUUUCCACCGUUUGUAUCCGCAAACCUACUGGUGCUUAUCUGAGAUUCAAGGGUUCAUUUCGGAUUAUCUCUCUAUCUGGAACAUUUAUAAAUAGUUCAAUGUGUAAUCCACUUGGAGAAAAUAGGAUGGUAACUGCUUGGCUGGCUAAUCCUGAAGGGACGUCUUUUGGUGGUUCUGUAGUCGGUUUUAUGAUAGCUGCUGCGCCUGUUCAAAUCGUUGUUGCUUGUUUUGAGCCAGACACCAGCAAAGAAAAGAAUGGUAAUCCUGCUUCUCCGCCGAGUUUUUGUCAGAAUGGUAAUCCUGCUUCCAUACCGGGUUUUCGUCAGAAUGACAAUCCUGCUUCUCCACCGAGUUUUGGUCAGAGUGUCAAUCCUGCUUCUUCACCGGAUUUUGGUCACAAUGUCCCGCAGCCAAUGCUGGGUCCAUGAACAUCUCUUGACGUCAUCCCUUUUGUUCCUUAGACAUAGAGGUCUAUGCUGAGCUUCUGACCUGAAGAAGUGUGUUAUUCAGUUUGCAAGGCCACAGUGCAAGGUUUCCACCGGUGUUUGAUAUACCCGUAAAUGGAUUUUGCUCUUUGGUUUAAGGAUCGGUAUUUGGAACUUCCUGCAGUAGAGAUAUUAUUUGCAGCUACUUUUGCAAAGACGGUACAACAUUAUAUUGUGUAGAU